GCCACAGGGCAUUGUGGAGCAAACAAUACAAAAAGGUCUGCCAAAAGGAAUGAGUGAAGUAAUGGAGAACUGCAAACUGAUGGCUAUUAAACAGGCUGAGCUGGAUGCAACGCCUGGUUCAGGAAGCUUGUUAGCUGUUGUAUACUGUAAACACAAUACAUAGGCAAAAAGCAACCCCACAUGCUUCCUAUUGUUUUCCAACCAUCUGCCCAGCCGCUGCCUUGAGCUGGGACUGCAGGGCUGACCUUUGGCUUAGCUGUCCUUACCACAGUGAGUAAAACAUCAGCUCCUCUGAGCUACAGUGAUUCCAUUAAACACUCAGGAUGAUUCCGUUAAUGUUGCUUUAGUAAUUAACCCUUUGGAAUAUUUUGCAAUGCUUCUUUUUACUCUUUUCACAAGCUGGUCUAGAUUUACUGGUAAAACAAAUGCCUCUCAGGAGGACCAAGCAGAGGUUGAGACGUCAACGGCAGAAAGAUGUGGCAGCUCGGAUCAGCUCAGCCUGGUGGGACCGAGGGCUGCUGACCGACGGCCACGGCCCUCCUCACCCAGCCAUGCUGAGGAGAUUUUCUCCUCGUAAGAUCGCACCAUGUGCCCAGGAAGGCUCUCACUCGGCUGCUGAACUUUCUGGCACCCCUUCUUUCUGCACAUCGCUGCAGGUUUUGCAUUGACAGCCACGCUGACACCCCAAGGCAGACCCUUAGGGCCGCCUCGCCGACAGAAGUUGAGGGAGAUGAAACGAAAAGCCGCGACCCCUCUGCCCCAUCCCACACCAGCCCUAGCGGAGGCAGCACCUCCGCGCAGCGCUGCCCGCAGCUCCACCGCCCCGCCGGCAGCUGCCCGCCCCGCUGUGGGAGCGGCACUCCUCCCGGGGCAGCGGCCGGAGCUCCCGCCUGCUUUCCCCGCCUCCUCUACCGCUGCCUUCGAGCCGUCCCUCAGUCGAUCUCUCGCCUCGCAGGUAUCCGGAGCGGGCGGGGCUGGCGCUGCUCGGAGCCGGGCGGGCGGGCGUCAUGAAGCGCUCUCUAUGGCGGCUGUGCCAGUCGCGGGAGAAGGCGGCCGCGUCCAGCGCCUACCAGGGCGUCGUCUGCGAGGCCGAUGCCGCUUCCGUCGCCUCGCAGGAUGUCUUCAAGGUGAUUUCAGAUGGAAGUGCCUGUAGGCUGCGAAGCUUCAUUAAGAAGAACCGUUCUGGACUCACCAAAGUGGAUGAAUUAAAUGCAACCCCACUGCAUCAUGCUGCUGAAGGAGGCCAAAUAGAAUUAAUGCAGUUGAUUAUAGAAGAUUCUUCCUCUGAAGUAUUAAAUGUGAUGGAUUCUUCUGGAAAUACCCCACUGCACUGGGCUACAAGGAAAAACCAGGUUGAAAGUGUUAGUUUACUUCUCAGUAGAGGAGCCAACCCAAACAUUCUCAACUCCAAUAUGAUGGCACCUUUGCAUAUGGCUAUACAGUCCCUGCAUAAUGAAAUCGUCAAGAUUUUGGUCCAGCAUAGCAGUACAGAUGUUAAUUUGGAAGGUGAAGCAGGAAACACACCUAUAAUGGUAGCAUGUUAUAAGGACAAUCCUGAAGCACUAACACUCCUGAUUGAAAAUGGAGGGAAAAUAUGUAAACCAAACAAAACGGGAUGCAUGCCUAUCCAUGCUGCUGCAUUUUCAGGCGCAAAAAAAUGUAUGGAAAUCCUUUUAAAAAAAGGUGAAGAAUUGGGUCACGCAGCUAAAACUCACAUUAAUUUUACCAAUAAUGGGAAGUGCAGUCCACUUCAUUUGGCAGUUCAAAGCGGAGACUUGGAAAUGAUAAAAAUGUGCAUUGAAUUUGGAGCCCAAAUUGAUCUAAAACAGAAUGAAAAAUGCACAGCACUUCAUUUUGCUGCCACUCAAGGAGCAACUGAAAUUGUAAAGUUAAUGAUGUCAUCCUAUGCUGGUGACGAAUCCAUUAUUGAUGCUGUAGAUGGGAAUAAGGAAACAUUGCUUCACAGAACGGCCUUGUUUGAUCAUUAUGAACUGGCAGAGUAUUUGAUUUCAAUGGGAGCAAAUAUUGAUAGUGUUGACACAGAAGGUCGAUCUCCACUUCUGUUGGCCACUUCUUGUGCAUCAUGGAAAAUUGUGAAUUUACUGCUCUCAAAAGGAGCAAAUGUAUCGUUAAAAGAUCAUCUUGGUCGGAAUUUCUUGCACUUGACGGUAUUACAGCCUGGAGGAUUACAACAUCUGAAUGAGAAAUUUCUGCAGAUGGAACAUAUUAAAAAUCUCGUGGUGGAUGAAGAUAACGAAGGAUGCACUCCACUGCAUUAUGCAUGCAGACAAGGUGUGGCCCUCUCUGUAAAUAAUUUACUCAGCCUCAAUGUUUCCAUUUAUUCGAAGAGCAGAGACAAGAAGUCACCAUUACACUUUGCUGCCAGCUAUGGCCGCAUCAAUACAUGCCAACGACUUAUAAGGGAUAUGAAAGACACAAGGCUUUUAAAUGAAGGUGAUAAGAAGGGAAUGACUCCUCUUCAUUUGGCAGCCCAGAAUGGUCAUGAGAAGGUCGUUCAGUUUCUUCUGAAAAGAGGGGCCCUUUUUCUAUGUGACUAUAAAGGCUGGACAGCCCUGCAUCAUGCUGCCUUCGGAGGAUACACUCGCACAAUGCAGAUAAUAUUGGAUACUAAUGUGAAGUGUACUGACAAAGUGGAUGAAGAAGGGAACACAGCUUUGCACCUAGCUGCAAAAGAAGGGCAUGCAAAAGCAGUAAGGUUGCUUCUUGACUACGGUGCAAAAAUUCUGUUGAACAAAGCGGUAGCUUCUUUUUUCCAUGAAGCAAUACACAACAGGAGGAAAGAUGUAGUGUCAGCUGUCAUUUUGCAUAAAAGAUGGGAAGAAGCUGUUCUGACGUUCUCUCACUAUUCUAGUGCCAAUAAAUGUCCUUUGCUGGAAAUGAUUGAGUAUCUUCCUGAUUCAUUUAAACUCGUUUUGGACAACUGCAUAAUUGAGUCUUCAGAGGAAAAAACAAGUCGAGACUUCUAUAUUGAAUACAACUUCAGAUAUCUUCAGUGUCCCCUGACACUUAACAAGAAAUUAAAGGAAAGUGAAGAUAUUUUCUAUGAACCGCUUGCCAUUUUAAAUGCCAUGGUACGGCACAAUCGCAUGGAGUUACUUAGUCAUCCCGUGUGCAAAGAGUAUUUGUUAAUGAAGUGGAUGGCUUAUGGUUUUCGAGCGCAUCUAAUGAAUUUAGGCAUUUAUUCUCUUGGUUUGAUACCAUUGACUCUUCUGGUCACCCAUAUACAGCCAGGAAGACCUUUGAAUGGAACAGAAAUCUAUGAAGCAAGACCAUUAGAGUAUGAGGACUCAUACUUCACAAGAGUGUGUAUGUGUUUAGUUUUAAUUAUGAGUUUACUGGGAAUUUGCAAAGAAAUAUUUCAGCUCAUUCAGCAGAAAUUGAAAUAUUUGUUGGAUUAUUCCAAUCUAUUGGACUGGACAAUUUAUAGUACAAGCAUAAUUUUCGUAUCUUCUUUAUUUAUUAACACACCAGCUCAUUUGCAGUGGGAAUGUGGAGCAAUUGCUGUAUACUUGUCUUGGAUGAACUUCUUGCUUUAUCUUCAACGAUUUGAAAAUUAUGGCAUUUACGUUGUGAUGUUCUGGGAAAUUCUAAGGACUUUGAUUCGGAUCGCGGUUGUUUUCUUUUUCCUGAUAUUGGCCUUUGGACUGAGUUUCUUUGUCCUUUUGGGUUCACAGCAAACAUACAGCACACCACUGCUUUCUGUAAUGAAGACAUUUGCAAUGAUGCUGGGAGACAUAAAUUAUCACGAUGCAUUCCUUGAUCCAUUACUGAGCAGUGAAUUGCCGUAUCCGUUCCUGAGUUACACAGUUCUGAUUAUAUUUACUUUGCUUAUUCCAAUCCUUCUUAUGAACUUGCUAAUUGGUUUGGCUGUUGGGGACAUAGCUGAAGUGCAAAAAUAUGCUGCCCUCAAAAGGAUUGCAAUGCAGGUUAAUCUUCACACAAACUUAGAGAAGAAGCUGCCGUUUUGGUUCCUAAGUCGAGUGGACCAGGAAUCAAUCACAGUCUAUCCUAACAGACCAAGAUAUUGUGGAUUUAUGAGUGUAUUCCAGUAUUGCUUUGGGUGUGAGGACUCUACCACAGAUGCACAGAGCACUGAUACAACAUUAGAAUUGGAAGUUCUGAAGCAGAAAUACAGGCUCAAAGAUAUAUCGACGCUGUUGGAAAAGCAACACGACCUCAUUAAACUGAUUAUACAAAAAAUGGAGAUAGUGUCAGAGGCUGAGGAUGAAGACAGCAAUGAUUUAUUUCAGCACAAGUUUAGGAAAAGGCAGUUAGAACAUAGAAAUAGUAAAUGGGAUACAGUGUUAAAAGCUGUUAAAUCAAAUGUGCCUAACCCAAGCACAGAAAAGAACAGCACCUUCUUGUAGGCUUCUCUGUGAUACUGUGUUGUAUUAACAUUUUGUUUUUCUUUAGGGUCAAUUCUCUAUGCCUGUGCAUAAUAUCAGUGUGAUACAGUAUUUAUUCAAGAAAACAAGGCCAGAUCCAAAAAAGAAUGUGGGUGCUCAAAACAGUAUUUAAGGAGAUUUAAGAUGUCUACAUCUGAAUCUGUGAUCCUAAAAGAGGCUGACCAAUCAGGAAAGUGCCUAACUCAUCAGAUGCCAACCUUGCUGUCCUUACAGUUCUUGAGGCUUCUAAGUCAGUUCCUGGACUUGGCCUGAUGCUCUUAGUUAUCUGCUUAGGAAUGUGGGUUUUUUUAAUUGUUACUAUUAUUUUUUAGAAUUUUUACAAGUUCAAACUGCAAUUCAUUAGAUGUUUUAGAGAGCCAAUAGGCUUUAUGUAGACUACAGCAGGAGUAAAAGACUAACUUGACAGAUCCUUUGGAAAAAUUACUGAGUAAGAACUGCAGGAUCAGACCUGAAAGAUAACAAAAUAAAUAAGAUUACAAAGAUGCAGUGUAAGAUAAGAAUGAUUUCUUUUUCUGGAUAACUAUAUGCAGUUCUCAGAGGGAUCAUUUGAACUUGCAAAUAUAUUGAACGUGCAUAUAGCAGUGCUAGAAUGACAUGCUAAAUACUAGUAAUUUGCCACCUACUGUUCUUAUACUGCUGAUGUGAUUUUGGCCUUCCUGAUAUCAUAAAAACUGACUUUGUUUCUUUAAUCUGCACUCUGGUUUUGUUGCUUGUUUGCUGCAUAUUCAUUGCAUUAUGUAAUAUACAGGAAUAGACCAAAUGCAGAAAUAAACAUGAAUUAAACUGU